GAGAAAGUGAAACUGUUCGUCACUUUAAGCACAGGAGGAACUGAAUGUAUAAGAUAAAACUGACGAGGAGUUCAAUUCAUUGACAUUUAUUUCUUUGAUUGGAUAAAUAGUGUAAUUUAGCGCGUGAUGUUCUCGUAAUUCAGAUUAUAUGACCUAAGUUUAUAAAUCUUGCUUGCUUUGGGUAUGUUGAGGAUCAGAACACCCGCUACAUCUGAUAUGACGUCAUUAUUUUACUUCCUUAUCAUUUUCACUUAGUCGCCAUUUCGAUUGUAGUCAUGGUGUACCGAGCGACUUCUUUGCGAGGGUUGGCCAUCGCACAGAUGGUAAUUGGGGCUUUGAUGACCGUGUUUGGAGUAGCAUGUAUUUCCUCUGCUCAACACUGGUCUUCCUACUCUGGUACUGGCGUCUGGGUCGGCCUUUGGGUAAGUUUGCUCUGUUGCUUCGAAUGUCGCUUACAUACAUUCAUAUACUUUAUUUAUGCUCGAAAUUCACAGUGUAGCUGUAGAGCUAAUAUCUUCGAGAAAAUAAGCUAAAAUAAAAUAAAAUAUGCUAUAUUACAAUUCCAAUAUUAUUUAUAUACUAUAUACAACAUUAUACAUGCAGAGGGAAAUAUAACUUGUAGAUCUACUGUGGAAAAGAUCUCCUGCUUGAAUUCUUGAAAAUUUAAUGUUUUGUAAGUGUCUGGGAGAGAGUUCCAUAUUUUUCGUGUGGUGAUUUGUGCGGCAAGCGAAAGAUGACUGAGCAGUUCACUGACUGGCGUUAAUCAAGGUGUUAUUAGAACGUGGAUCAGCAGACUGUGGAACCUCUCGAACCUACGAUUGUUCAAGGAAAAUUAUUAUACAUAUAGAAUUGAAAAAACCACAACACUGUUUAAGCAAUCAGCUGUGACCUUCCCUCAAGCAUUAGUAAUGUUUGGGUAAUGCAAUAUCUUAAUAAUGCCUCAACUGAAGGCUCUUAUAAUUAGCAAACCUUCAGGAUAGAAUUGGUGGCCUUUAAUUCCAUGGCAUUGUACAUCACGCUGGAGUGAGGAACACAAGCCUUGAAGUAACAUUAUUGCCCAUGAUGCAAAAAGUGUAAUUUUAGGUCAUGUAGGUUUUGCUGGUUCCAGAUGCUCUAGAAGGUUCCUCAGCCUACUGAUCUACAGUUUAGUAACACCCAAUUGGUCAUCUAAGGGAACUAUUUGCACUAAAUCAUGCAACAUGGACUCCAUCUCCACUUUAGUUGGUGAAGCUUUAUUGACCAGUCCUGUUUGAACUGAAUCAAAUAUUUACAGCCAGCUAAAUAUUAAAAAAAAAAUUGUCUUUUGGACUUAAAGAAUAUUGAAGAUGUUGUUAUGGUAAAUCCAUAGGAAGAAUACCUUUGCUGUAUUAAAAAGAUCAUUCUACUUGUUUGAAUUAUUAAUAGGUUUUUAUCACAGGGAUUUUGGGAUACAUUGGAGCAAGAGAUGACUUAAUCCCAAACAAGUGUUUGGUGAGUAACUGGACCUUUUACAGAAACCUGUAAUUAUUUUUUCAAGCCCUUUUCUUGAUACAAUCAUACACACAAGCUUACAUGUAUAUUAGCAGUUAGGGCUGGCUCCUUGUAAAGAGAAAAAUGGGAUGGAAUACUCCACCCUGGUAAAAUUCUUCUUUAGUGUUUCCAGGGUAUCUACAGUGAUUAACAUUCAUUUCAAAAAUUUGUCAAAAAUAAAGGAAGAAGAAAAAAAGCACUAAGAAGACAAGUAAAACAACUUAAACAGUAAAUUGAUAUUAUGCAUUAUAACUUUAUAUUUGCAAACAUGCACACAAUAGUUAUCCUGUAUAUUUUGGAUUUUUAAAUCAGUUCAUGGCUAAUGAGUUUAAAGACUUUUUUUAGCCAUAAAUGUUCAAACCAUUGAUACAAAGGUUUCUUCAUGAGGUAUUACUCAAGGCUGGGUACUAACAGGUGCAUUUAGUUUUUUUUACCCAAAGGGCAGGUGACUGUAUAUAAGUUUGGGCUUUUAAUUGAAUAAAUACAGUUGAUGAAGUGGUGAUUGAAUUGUGUUGUGUGUUUUUUCAUCACCAGAUUGGAUGUUUUAUGGGUUUCUCCAUUACUGGGUGUGUCUUCUCAGGACAAAUGUUCAUCGGCUAUUGCAUUAUUCUUUCAAGCUACUCCGAAAUGAAGGCAUACUGUUCUAAAUCUUAUUUUGAUCAUGACUAUGACAGUUUCUAUAACAACCAUGAUUGCUACGAAACUUAUGGCUUUCAUAGAGAUACAGCCGCAAAUGUGGCUGGUUUAGGCUCGUGUCUCCUUCUUCUCUCCUUGGUUGAGUUCUUCUUGGCACUUGCAUCGUCCAUCUAUUGUUGUACAGCAGUGGGUUGUUGUUCCUCAACAGGAGUUGUGAGCACUGUAAGUAAUUAUCACCUCAACUAUUCAUUUGUUAAUGCUAAAAGUUAAAAUUAAAUCACUUGUUGGAAAUAUAUAUAUUUUUUAUUUUGCAUCAAAUAUAUGUUCAUACUGAACAUAGGUUUAAACUUGUUACAUGACCAAACAAUUGGGUCUACAAAACAAAGGAAUAUCCAGUGAUUUUCUUAAUUUUUAAACCUUGUGUCCAAUGCUAUGAAAGUCUUCAUUUCAAAGUUGAGAAACCUUUUUUUUCUUUCGAAGAGUAUUUUGCUGUUUUUAUAGAAGAAAAAACAAACUUCCAUGUAUUGUAAAUGUAUAAUUUCCUUAAGUUGCACUAAAAAGUCAAUUUUUUAAUGUUUUUUAUAACUUUAUAUUUUGAUAUUUUAGUAUUUAAUGUAAUUGAUGUUUAAUUACCAUGACUAUAGACAAUCACCAACCAGCAACUGAUGAAUGUACAGCCUCAGUACAUGUACUCAGGGGCACAGUCUGGUGUGGUUUUAAUACAGACUGAUGCUGGUGUGGUGCCACAGAUAUACCCAGCAACGGGCCAGCAACCUGUGUAUAUAGCCCAGCAGGUAACUAUAGAUGUAACUUAGGUAUUCAUUUAUAAUAAAAUCCAAGGACAAGCAAAAAAGUUUGAAAUAAUGAAAGUUUGAGAUGGAGUACUAUGAGCAUAGAAUGAUUCAAUGUUUUUUUUUUCUCUUUGGUUUGUUUUGUUUUGUGAAUUCCGAAGUCAGUAAUGUUUUAUGUAUGAAAAGAAGAAUAUUUUGUUCAUUUGACAGCCUGGAGUGGUUGCACAGCCUGGGUCAGGCUUUCGGCAACCCCCUCACUGGGCUAUUCCCUUAGGAUCCAAUCCAGCUGAAGAAAUGACUGAGCCCUAUUCAGCUGCUGCCCCCCAAGUGCAGAAUCAAGCUCAAGUCCAGGUAAUUAUGCAUGAGUACAUAACUGUUUAACAUUAACCAUUUACAACCUAGUAUUGAUAUGCAUAUUCUCCAUACUGUUCUCUAUACAUUUUCUAAGAUGCUGACAAGGAGAAUUUGUUAAACAAUAAAGAGCUUCUUUUUUUGGUGAUAAUUUCUUCAUUCUCGAGACCUUAAUGUGUGAAUCAGAGCUGAUGUUGUAAGGAUAAAUUAGAUGCUAGUCACUCUUAGGUUGUGUCAAAGGGCUAAUCAGAUGGUAUGUCAUGUGAUUGUAAUAUAGAAUUGCCUUGACCUCAGUAAGAUGAACCUUUUGAAUAAUUGAUCAAACUGUCCCAAUAGCAUUUCUUAGAAUAGAUUGCCUCACUUAAUUUUCUCUUAGAUACCGGAGGCAGUAAAGGAUGAAGACAUGCCACCACCUUAUUCAUUUGAAUCAACAGCCAAUGUGCCACCACCAGCUUUCUCUUCCAUCGGUGCCAAUCCAAAUUAUUAG